GCCCGGCGGGGAGCGGCGAUGGGCAGCGCGGGGGGGCCCGGUGGGGCCGCCCUGCGGGCGCUGGUGUCGGUGGCCGUCGGGCUGCUGGCCUGCGGCGUGGCCAGCGAGUACGACUAUGUCAGCUACCAGUCAGACCUCGGCCCUUACCCUGGCGGGCGCUUUUACGCCAAGCCCCACCAGUGCGUGGCCAUCCCUGCCGACCUGCGGCUUUGCCACAGCGUGGGCUACGACAAGAUGGUGCUGCCCAACCUGCUGGAUCACGAGACCAUGGCAGAGGUGAAGCACCAGGCGAGCAGCUGGGUGCCACUGCUCAACAAGAAUUGCCACAUGGGCACUCAGGUCUUCCUGUGCUCCCUCUUUGCCCCCGUCUGCCUGGACCGGCCGGUCUACCCCUGCCGCUGGCUCUGCGAGGCCGUGCGUGACUCCUGUGAGCCUGUCAUGCAGUUCUUUGGCUUCUUCUGGCCAGAGAUGCUCAAGUGUGACCAGUUUCCCCAGGAUGACGUCUGCAUUGCUAUGACAGCUCCCAAUGCCACCGAGGUCUCCAGGCCCAAAGGAACGACUGUGUGUCCCCCUUGUGACAACGAGAUGAAGUCAGAGGCCAUUGUGGAGCACCUGUGUGCCAGCGAGUUUGCUCUUAAGAUGACCAUAAAGGAAGUGAAGAAGGAGAAUGGGGACAAGAUGAUCAUUCCACGGAAGAGGAAGGCACUGAAGCUGGGGCCCAUCCGAAAGAAGAACCUGAAGAAGCUGGUGCUGUUCCUAAAAAACGGGGCAGACUGUCCCUGCCAUCAGCUGGACAACCUCAGCCACUACUUCCUCAUCAUGGGCCGCCAGGUGAAGACCCAGUACCUGUUGACAGCUAUCUACAAGUGGGACAAGAAGAACAAAGAGUUCAAGAAGUUUAUGAAGAAGAUGAAAUCCCCCGACUGCCCGACGUUUCCAUCCGUGUUCAAGUGACCUGAGGGUGGCGGGGGAGCCGCUGGCUGCGCCUGCACAGCCGGGCACGGCGGCUCGGUCUCGCUGCUCUGCAGCAGGGAUGCUGGAGCCAAGGCCUCCUGCUCCUCCUGCUCCUCCAUCCUGCUCCUCAGAGCUCCCUCAGCGAUCUCAGCCCUCCCACAUCCCCGCUGCUGGCGUUGGCCUGGUGGCCUGGGCGUGUGAUGCACGUGCACCCACAGUCGCUGAGGUCACACACGAUUUAUGUCUGCACUGUCUAAAAACCUCUUCUUGUACAGAUGUGUACAACCAUUGACAUAGCAGCUGUCAGGUAAAGAGGGCAAGCAGAGGGGUGUGAGGUGACGUUAAGAGCUUGCAUGCUUGCAGAAGGGACCCUCGUGAUCAUGUCACUCCUGUCUUCAUGGCUGCAGGAUUGCCCCGAAUUCCUGAAUGAACCUGAGCUGGCUGAUUAGACAGAGAUCCCAUCUUCAUGAUCAGAGUUAAUAAAUGAGUAGUGGAGAACCCGUUA